AUGGCAGAUCUCAGGCGGGAGCUCAUCGAAUCUGGUGAGGAAUGGUCAGAUGCCUGGGAAAAUGUCCUUGAAUUUCAUCCACAGUAUUUGGCUGCAUAUCUGCGCCUUCGGAGAAUACCUGUACACGACCAAUACUUGUCCAGAAAGGUUCAGGAAUUGAUCCUACUAGCUAUGGGUGUUCGUGCGCAUACCGCUGGGGCCUUGCGUGCAGGCGCAAAGAUCGAGGAGAUUAUGGAGACAUUGGAGCUGACCUCCGUUCUCGGUGGAGACACUCUAUCCGUGGGCGUUCCACUUCUCAUGGAAGUAAUGGAAGAGGGAAUGGGAGGAGGUGGCUUUCCUCGUGACUUCACUGAUCGCCAGGAGCGUCUGAAAGCAAACUUCGAGCACCAUCGUGGUUACUGGAACCCUACAUGGCACUUCAUUCUGCGAAACGCUCCCCGAUUCAUGGAAGCAUAUACAGACUAUACGUCUAUUGCGUACAGAGACAACAACAAUACGCUGGAGCCAAAGGUCAAGUUCCUCAUAUACAUUGCAAUCGACUGCUCCACGACGCAUUUGUUCAAGCCAGGAUUGAAGCACCAUAUCCGCGAAGCUUUGGAGUGCGGAGCAACUCAGGACGAAGUUCUAGAGGUGUUUGAGCUGGCGACUUUGAUGGGCGUGCAAACGGUGCUGAUCGGAGCAAGCGCCCUCAAAGAAGAGCUUAUGAGGGAGAACACAAGGCAAGCAUCGGUCAGGCUGUUCAAUGGCGAUCCCAUUCGCUUUGAACCGGGGAGGUCGGGCUAUCAGUUCUGA